AUGCCGCUGAGAGGGCCGCCCCCCGGACUGACCCCAGCGCGUGCCCUCGGCCGGAGCGUCUCCUCGUGGCUCCCAGCUCCGCUCUGGGAACUCACUCCAGCAACGGCCCAUAAAACAGGGCAGCUGCAGCCGAGCGCGGGCAGAGUGCGCUGCCACGGGCCAGGGGCCACGGCGUGGAGCCGGGAGCAGAAGGGAUUCAGCCCGAAAGGUGGGCAAGAGAAGAGGCAGGUGCGGGGGGUGCGCAAGAUCCAAAGACGGAUUAUAGAAAAGGAAGAACAAGAGAAUAUGCGGAUGGAAGGGGUAGAAAGCAAAAUUGGCCAGCCCUCCCAGCCCGGCUCCCAUUCCUGUGCCCUGCGCUGGGCCGAUCCCGACCUGGCUGUGUCUCCCCACGAUGGGGAGCCCAGAACGGGACGCGGUGCUGCAGCUGUAGGCGUGCCGGUCACCCAGGGCGGCGUCAGCACCUCCCUCGGUCGGGAAGCGGCGCUUCUCACGCUUCCAAGGGUGGCGUUUGUUGCAGAGCCAGCUUGCCAGCCGGAGACCGGAGGGCGCAUCCAGGUCUACGGAGAGGCGCGAGAGGAAGCAAACAACGUGGAUGAGGUCGGAGGAGCUGCCCCGGAAAGUGCAGGGAGGGCUGGCCACAUCCUCUCGCCCACCCCCAUGGCCACGCUGCGGCUGGCUCUGCCCUCCUGCUCCGGAGCCGACAGCUCCAUCCUCACGUGUGGCAGCUCCCAGAACUGCGCCGCGAUGGAGAGCAAAUUGCUGAUCGGCGGGCGCAACAUCAUGGACCACACGAACGAGCAGCAGAAGAUGCUGGAGCUGAAGAGACAGGAGAUCGCGGAGCAGAAGCGGCGCGAGCGCGAGAUGCAGCAGGCGGUGCUCCUGCGGGACGAGGAGACAAUGGAGCUCCGGGAGACGUUCAGCUCCUUGCAGCAGGAAGUGGAGAUCAAGACCAAGAAGCUGAAGAAGCUUUACACCAAGCUCCAGGCCGUGAAGGCAGAGAUCCAGGACCAGCACGAGGAGUACAUCCGCGUGCGGCAGGACCUGGAGGAGGCGCAGAACGAGCAGACGCGGGAGCUGAAGCUCAAGUACCUGAUCAUCGAGAACUUCAUCCCCCCGGAAGAGAAGAACAAGAUCAUGAACCGGCUCUACUUCGACUGCGAGGAGGACCAGUGGAAGUUCCAGCCGCUGGUGCUGGCUGCAGCGGGCAGAAACAGCAGCAGCAGCGCCGCCGCCACCGGGACCCAGAUGAAAAAGCGGCCGACCUCCGCGGUGGGCUACAAGCGGCCAAUUAGCCAGCACGCCCGCCUGGCCAUGUCAAUGGGCUCCCAUCCUCGCUACCGGGCCGAGAAUAUCCUGUUCCUGGAACUCGAUGUCUCCCCGCCCGCCGUAUUUGAGUUUGAGAGCACCAGAGACCAAAGUGAGCACGACCCCCGCGCGCUGCAUCUGGAGAGACUCAUGCGGCUGGACAGCCUCCUGGAGCGGCCGGCGGCAUCCCAGGUCCGGAAGUCGCGGUCCUGGUGCCAGAGUCCGCGCGCCCUGCCAGCUUCGGCGACACACGUGUCCCUCGCCUCCAGCUCACAGAACCCCUGCGCAACGCCGGCUCACGAGUAGCACCCCACCUUCCUUCCUUUCUUCCUUCGCACAUGGAGGACUGCGCGCCUUCUCCUACCACCGGCUGCCUCUGAGAACGCGUGGCCCAGGGAGGGCAUCCCCUGCACUCCGUC